AAUAUUUACAUUCAAUAAUGAGUUACAUUUCUAUUCGCUUCAAGCAUAUUGGUUGCAGUGCAUAUAACAAAGAGAAUACUGGUUUUAAUAUCAUUAAUUUAUAAAUCGCAAUCUCCUACCUUUUCGUUUGAUCGAAUUAUGACUCAGUUCAUAGGAAAAUGGACCGGAGACGGAGAUUCGUACACAAAUUAUGAGGAAUUUGCCAAAGCAUCAGGUGUCUCUGAAGACCUGAUUGAGAAAUUCAGAAAUGCAAAGAGUACACUGGAGUUUAAACAAGAUGGAGAGUAUUGGAUGUGUGAUGCAUCUAGUGAUGUAACACCAAGCAAAUGUUAUAAAUUUAAGUCUGGUGAAGAAGUAACUACUACAGGACCUUUUGGGAAAGGCCUUAAGUUUACAAUAACCAUUGAUUCGGACAGUAAAAUGACAAUGAAAGAACAAAGUGAACUGAUGGGAUGGAAAACAGUCAAAGUUAUGAGGGAAAUAAAGGGAGAUAAACUGAUUACUACUAUGGAACUUGAGAAUGGUAUACAGAUGACAGCUGAGAUGACGAGAUGUUAAGAUGACAUUUUUGUGUGUGAAUAAUUCCUCUUUGUUUGGAUUACAUUUAUUUAAAGUGUUAUGUUACAUCAUUAGAAAAAUCAAACAAUUGAAAAAAACUGAGCCCAGCAGGUUUUCGUUGUUUUGAAAAAAGUUCCAUGUUACGGUACAUCCUGAUAUUAAUCUUAAGUAAAAUCCUUAAGUUACA